AUGCUUGACCCUGCCGCUCGUUAUGAUGGGUUUAGAGAGCUCGAGGCGUGGGUUGAUGGAUCGUUAGACAUAUAUCGACCCGAGUUCACUCCCUUGCUCUUCCCUGUUUUCGUCCACUUCUACCUCGAUCUGAUCCAACUAGGAUUAAAAGACUCUGCUGUAAUAUUUUACGCCGCCUACUCUCCUCGCCUACUACCAACACAGACCGCCACGCUCCAUCAUCUCUCGACUCUUCUUCUCCCCGUCCAUCUGACCUCCGAUGAAACAGCCCUACGAUUUCGCAAAGAAUCGUACAGGCUUCGAAUGAGCAAGAGUGGGUUCGCUCUCUUUGUCGGCUGGCUCACCGACGGCAUGGGUGGCACGGGUGGCGGAGUGGGAGACAGCUUCGGCGGGGAGAAAGGGCGAAGAGGCAGAGAUGCUGUCCUGAGGGUCAUAAACGCGCAUCUAAAGAUAGAUGUGGCCGCGACGACGUCCGCGCUGCAGUCGCAGGGGAAUCUCGAGGAGACAACUGGGCUCGUGUCUUCCCUUGUGUCGUUGACCAUUCCUGGCACGUCAAGCAAGAGUAUAAAGCCGGCUGAUCCCCAAUCAUUCAACGCCGCGCAAUCUCCUUUAAAACUCGGAAAGCCUCCUCUAGACCUUGCAUUGCGUGAAGAAGUGGACCGUGCGAUCAAGGAGAUUAUGGAAGAUGCUAGUGCGAUGGACCUGGACCGCCCGAAAGAAAAGCCACAGGACGCGGAGCUACCAACCGUUGCUCCUGAAGACAUGCCGCCACUUCCACCUUCCUUUCGGGAGGUGGAUGUGCGGCGCGAGGUAGCCAAGGUCUCAGAUGAGCGUAAACGAAUCCGCCUGGAUCCGACGCUUUUACAAAGCUCUGCGAACGCAGACGUGGCGCCUGGUCGGAAAAAGGUCGUCGCUUUGCCAAGCAUAUGCAUGUAUACUCUGCAUGAUGUCCCAGAUGGGAAUGUACCAUGUGCAACCUUCUCUCAGGACUCCUCUCUAUUGGCGACUGGGUUCGAACAGAGCUAUAUCCGUUUAUGGAAUUUAAAAGGAGAGAAAAUUCGAGGUCUGCGAAGCGAUUUCGAUCUUACCAACGUCAGAGAAGCUCGGGAUCUCCGGCGCAUUCGAGACAAGGCCGGCUCAAUUACUCGCAAACUGAUUGGGCACUCUGGACCAGUAUACUCUGUGUCCUUUGACCCUCUUGCUGGGUCGUCGGGCCCACCACAUUGGUUGUUGUCGUCUUCUGCAGAUGCCACAAUCCGCUUAUGGUCACUCGACCUUCUCGCCAAUGUUGUCGUUUAUCGCGGUCACGAGAGUCCUGUGUGGGACGUUCAGUGGGGUCCACUGGGUACUUACUUUGCCAGUGGGAGUCGUGAUCGAACAGCGCGACUAUGGUGCACGGAACGACUCGCUCCUUUGCGUGUCUUUGCCGGGCAUUUAAAUGACGUUGAUAUCGUUCGCUUCCAUCCCAACUCGUUGUAUCUUGCUACUGGAUCGAGCGAUUGGACCGCAAGGCUUUGGGAUAUUCAGCGAGGUGCAUGCGUACGCGUCUUCGUGGGUCACCAAGGCGGUAUUUCUGCCAUGGCAUUUAGCCCUGAUGGACGAUAUCUGGCGACUGGAAGCGACGACCUGUCCAUUAAUCUAUGGGACCUUCAUUCUGGUCGUCGGAUCAAAAAGAUGACUGGUCAUAACGCCGCGAUCCAUUCUCUAACGUUCAGCGCUGAGUCGAAUGUGCUGCUUAGCGGUGGAGCUGACUGGACAGUUCGCUGUUGGGAUGUGAAGUCUGCUGGUGGAAAUGCCACCUCUUUAGGUGAAGAUGUCACCGAGAAGACCGAAACUUCCGACCUCUUGGCAACCUUGCCAACAAAACGGACGCCCGUAGUAAAUGUUCAGUUCACUCCCCGAAACAUGGUUCUGGCUACCGGUCCGAUACAGCCAACGGCCGCCCCUCCCGCGUGGCCAUCUUUCCUAUCCUGAUCAAUGUACCCAUAUACAUGUUGUAUCGCUAAUAUACAGAUUCCA